AUUUAUUUUAUGUACUUAUUAUUUUUAAAAUAAUAAUGUUUUAGGAGAUUUUAGCUUGAACCGAAUAAAGUUCGUAUUGUUUUAUAAAAAAAGGGAUUCUGUUUACUCAAAGAUGUCAGAGCCCCGAUCCCGCGUGCAGCAGAACGACCUGCUCCUCCACGAGGCAGUCAUCAAGAAUGAACCAGCAGCUGUCAGGGAGGCGCUGCAGCGACCCACUGACGUCAACUGCAGGAAUAAUUACGGCAGAGCACCAAUCCACUGGGCAGCGAGUAGGGGAAACGUGGAAAUUAUAAAACUGCUUAUCGACGCCAAAUGCGAUAUAGAAGCAGCUGAUAAAUUCGGAAUGCGGCCACUACUGAUGGCGGCGUGGCACGGCCAUCUAGAGGCGGUGAAGACACUCGUACGCGCUGGCGCUUGUCUCGCAGCUACUAACAAGAAACACAACGACAUACUGCAGUGCGCGUGCGCGCGAGGCUCCCUCGAUGUUGCCGACUACGCCAUCACGCUCGGAGCCAAGGUGCAGGGCUGCGACGCCGCGGGAGACGCCCCACUGGCGCUGGCUGCCAGAGCUGGUCAUACACCUGUUGUCGAUCUACUGCUUGAAAAGGGAGCUUACAUCGACGCCGUCAAUAAGGUCGGUCGAACAGCACUCCAUGUAGCAUGCGAAGGUGGGCACUGUACUACCGCUGCGCUCCUGGUAUCGCGGGGGGCGGCACGGGAGGCGCGAGACAACUCAGGCCGAACCCCGUUACACUUAGCAGCUGUUCACCGUCAUACAGAACUUGUAAGGACGCUGCUCGAGACGGAAUGCCAAGUCGACGCUACAGACAACAAUGGUGUGACAGCGUUGCAAAUGGCGUGUGCGCAGGGCUGUAGGGGCAUCGUCGAACAUCUGUUAUCGUUCGGAGCUAAUGUGCACUUACAAAAUAAUGUGGGAUCGUCAGCUCUGCACGCCGCGUGCGCAGCUGAUGCCAACGAUAUCGCGGAGCUGCUGCUAGCUCACGGAGCUGACCCCUCACUUACUGAUCAGUGGUCUCAGUCCCCCAUGAGUGUGGCUGGGGGUGCGGCUGAGUGCCCGCCUGAAGGGUUCCGCCGAGCCGCCCGAGGGUCCUUCUCCGCUAUCCUGGGACUGCUCACAGCUACCACCAACCUGGACCAUCAUCAGGAUCAUCACUCGGACGGCUCGACGACUCCGCGCACUGAUGAUAAAUCCGGAGGACACUCUCCAGCCGCUAAUGAAGGUCUGGAACCAGAGAACGAGAGGUGAUGGUCAGCGAGCACCUUGCUGGACAGACUUGCUCAACGUGGAUUUGCAGCCGACACCCGUCUAGCUCUCCCGCCUACAGGUUGCGCUCGUUACCGCGAGUUGUGCUACCGCGCGGCGCAGGCUCACGUACCAGAGGACACCCCGCCGCGCCCCUGUGACUGCGCCAAUUGCGUCUCGCGCCGCAACUCCUGCGCAGACCCAUGAAAUUCGCUGCAAGUUCGCCCCACUCCCGCGCUUACCAGGCCUAUCCCUACCGUGUCGUGCUCUUGGAUACGAAAGACUCAAGAACCCCAAUAAAUGUACGAGUAAUAUGUAUAUCUGGAGUUUCUAUCAAAAUUUAAUGAUAGCCUGUGUUUAGGGUGUGUUGUUUGUGGGUGUUUACGGCUAUGUGUACAGUAUAAUAUGUCGUACAGAUCAAUAGGUACUCGUACAAAGUAAGAAAUCGGUACUUACCCCAAAUCAAGCGGUGUUUUCACUUGUCCGAACAAUAAAUAAAUUCAGUUUUAACUCUGAUGCUGAUAUAACUUUUUCUUUCAAGCAUUCCUACUCACACGGUGGCGAAGACAAUAUAGGAAAACAUUAUCUAUGUUUUGCUUGUGCAAAGUUUGCCGUAUGUUAUGUCGAAAAUUUUACAGAUUAUCAUGUCAUAUACUUAUUGUACAAGAGUUUCUAUUUGUGCACUUAAAUUAAUCAACUUUCUCACCAAAAUUUUGCCCAUUAGAUGCACUGUACCUAUAUCCCAAUACUUACACAUAAAAAUAUGCUUUUCUCCUAGUGCCUUAAAUUGUGAACCCUAACCUUUUCCAAAAAUUAUAGAAUGUCAAUGUUUGAAAAUCAAAAUAUUUUUGCACUUUGAAUUACAAUGUAUUUUGCACAUCCAGAAUGGCUUUUGUAAUGAGAAUAAAAACUAGAAGCUUAAAUGUAGGCGGCAGCACUGUUGAGUGUUUCUAGAUUUUGAGAAUUCUCCAGUGCUGCUAAAAUUAGUCAUGAAUUGCUAUAAAAUGUGGAGCAAUGUAGAGUGUAUCCCGUCUGUAGGAUGAGUUACGAAAAAGACAAGCAGCCAGCUGGAAAAAGUUUCUUUCCGAUCUUUAGGGAAUAAAUAUAACACUAUGAUUUUGCAGUUAAACACUGCGCGUUGUGCAAAGUGUCACAGUGUAAAAAUAUAACCAAAACAAUAUGUUUUUUACUUAAAUAGUACGAGGAACUGUCAAAAUUCCAGAACACUCAACAGUACUUAGGUAAACCCGAUGGGAAAAAUAGGCAGUUUUUAUCCUCAUUAAGAAAAUCCGAAUAAUGCGCGUCGAUAUAUGUAUAUAAUUUAAUGAAAUCGAUAAAACGAUGUUGUCUGUCCAUUAUUAGAUCGUAAGCCUAAGUCAAAUAUCUACUAAAUAAUGUGAAAAAUAACUUUACACAAUUUAUUUAGACGAUUCUACAUAAGAAUUUUCCGUAACACUAAUUUAUAGCAACAACAUGUUAUAUUUAUAUAAAAAAUCUAAGCCAAAAAGAUUACUUAGAAAUAAAUUUAAAAAUAGGUAACGUGUAGGUGGCUAAAUUAUUUAUCUGUUUAUCACUAUGGUCCAGAUAUCAAACUGCUAAACUAAAAAUAAAUCCAUGUGUGCUAAUUAUGUAAAACUUCUUAAUUUUAAUGCCUAAUUAAAAUUAGAUAUAAAUCUAGAAUAAUUUCUAUAUUAAAAAUCGUCUGACCUAAAUGUAUUUACCUGUCCAUCUGUU